AGUCUAUGAAAAAUAUUUACUCACAAUUCAAACACUUAAUACACAAAUACAACACACAGAGAAAACAUGAACAGCGACUUAAACUAUGGCUGGAAGUUAUAUUUUAUUGCUUUCUUGCUGCUACUUGGACUUGCCAUUGUGAACAGCCAUCAGCAGCCUUGGCGAGAUCAUUUUGUGGAUCAUGGAACUAUACAUGAGAUGAUGGGCCAAAGUCACUGGGGAAAAUUGGACUACACCAAAUUCGAAGGCGUCCCCAAUUAUACGAAGCCCAGAGUAUAUCCAUCGUAUGGCAUGAAAAGAGUGUUCAAUGCAUCCCAUGCAUUGCUUGAAAACAUACUCGAUCAUAAUCCCGCCAUACCUGCUGGAUACAUUGCCGUUAAGGGCGAUGAUACCUUGGCACUUGGGCAGAAAGUUGAGUUCAAUGAUUGGUAUGAAUUGGUCACCGAAUAUGCUUUGAUAUUCCUCUGGAUUUGUCUGCUGUUGGUGAUCAUUAUACUGAUACCAUUCAUAGCCGUCUGUUAUUGCUGCUUCUGUUGUUGUCGUCGCUGUAAUCCUGGCUGUGCGCCUUGUGAUUAUGCCCGAGACAUGCAAUGCAUGAUCAUCUUGGGUUUGUUACUCCUGUUGAUGAUCGCCGUAAUGAUCUGUGGCGGGGUUAUUGCCGCCUUUUCCAAUCGUAUGAUGGAUCGUGGUCUUAAAGAAUCCGCUGAAACUGUUCGUCGUGGCAAUGAAGAUGUUUGCAUAUUUCUCAAGCAUACCAAGGAUCAUAUACAUCAUUUGUUUUCCAACAAUUAUCAGGAACUAAUUAACCACAUCAGCAAUAUAUUAAUUAAUGCCCACAACCACAUUUCGGUGGAUAUUGUAGAUACUUCUGGUGCAGAUGCAUUGGAAGAGUUGGAGCGUAUACUUGAUAAUAUGCCAGAAGCCUUGAUACUGAUGAAAGAAGUGACAAACCUUGAAAAGCAAAUACGCUUCCUGGGCGAUCAAUUGCGAGAUGGUAUACGUGCCAUUAGGCGAAAUAUCAACGAAGCAUACUUAUUCGUGGGAUAUCCAUAUGUAUACUAUAAGUUUCUUAAGAAUUCGUUGAUCCAAUUCGUUGACACAUCAAAAUGUCUGCACUUUGAUGAAAUGCCAGACACUUCAGUCUAUGUGCAGGGCAUCGAGGAAAUCAUUGCCAACCAAUACGCUCUCAUACCCAAGGAGGCUAUACUACGCUUUCAAUUCAUCAGCGAAGCCAUUAAGAAGAACACCGAUAAGAUUGGUCCUAUGAUCUUAAUGGAUUUGGGACGUGGACGUGAUGAAUUGUUGGAGCAUUCGGUACGCAUUCAAAAUAUUAUUGAUGCAGUCAUCAGCGAUUUGCAUAUAAACACUUGGCGAACAGCCUCAUCCUUUGAGGACAUUCAUGAUAAGACUGGAAAGCAUCGAUCUAUCGUGAACAGCAUUGUUUGCGUUAUGAUCCUUUUGAUCGCUAUAUCGCUGUUGGUGGGUCUUAUAAGCGGCUUUUGCUUCAACAGAACAAAUGGAGUCACCUGUUUGCUGUUGGGCAUGAUUUUAAUAUUCUUCUGCGUCUCGUUCAUUGCCUUGGUUGGUCUCUUUCACUUUGUUAUUGGCAUUAUUACCUAUCAUGGCGGUUGUGCACCGUUUAAGGAUCGGGAUUCAAACGAAAUCUUUCGACAGUUGGAUGCCUUACUCGACGUAAGUCGUUAUGUACCCAAUCUAGAUCCAGAUCAGGUUACGCCGCCACCGCUGCGAGUGUCGAACGCUAUUGCAGCAUGUGAAGCACAUCAGACCAUAUUUCAGGUGCUGCUCGAGAAUCGAAUAUUUGAUAUUAAUCAGUUUCAAACGAUGGCCAUAUUGAAAACGGGAACCUUUGAUCCUGUUGAGGACGAUUCCGAUUUCUCGAAAGCUGUGCUAUUAACAACUGAAGAAAUUGAGAAAUUGGAUCAAUUAAGUAAGGGGAAUUUAUCCACUUACAGAAGUGAUUAUUACUUGGAGAACAUAUGCAAAGAUUUUACGCCCAUCAUUUUGGGAGGCAGUUCAGAUGAUCAUUCUGGAUAUUUGGCAUCACAAAUUCGAUUAUUAUGUAAAGAUUUGUUAAAUACUCACACAAACGCUUUUCGAACAAGAGCAGCAUUGUAUACACAUGCCAGAGAUUUGGACAAGUAUCAAAUUGCAUUCGUUAAACCAAUUACGGCAGCUUACGAGAACCUCAAGAUAAGGCUGGCCAAAAUUGAUAAGCUCAUAACAUAUCACGCUCUGUCGUUUGGUGUCGGGAUUACGACAUUGGUAAAUGAUGUAAUACAAGCGCAGUUAUUUAUCCGAGAGCGUGGUAAGGAAUUUAUCAGUUCGAUUCUUACCAAUCUAACGUCGCACGCACAUGAAGAGGUCGAAAUGUAUCUCGAUAAACUUGUAUUUGAUUGCAAUAGUAAGAUUGGAUUAUGUGAGCCUCUCGCCUAUAUCUAUUAUCGCAGUGUUGGCGAGAUUUGCGGUCGUCUAGUUGAUCCCAUUAAUGGGUUCUGGUUUGGGGUAUUGCCUUGUGCCAUUCUAAUGGUGCCUGCCUUAUAUAUCGCUCAUCGUCUGAUCUGUUUGUUUAAAAAGCAUCCCCUCUACACUGGAGGAGGUCACUUUGCAGAAAUGGGCCGAUCUUGUCCUGUGUGUACGGGUAUAGCUCAAGUGGCUCAGCCAAUUAUUCCACAAUUUGUUGGCGCUCCAGGACUUAUUGAACGAGAGAACGCUGGAGAUGUUUUGCAACUCGAGAACUCUAGUAUCGAUGAAACUACAACAGAGGAAGAUAUGCAGCGCGCAAUCAGUAAAAGAAAGCGGGAUUAGAUAAGACUUAUCUACUUAUCCUCUUUUCAUAUGUAUGCAUAUAAUUGUGUUGUAAUAAAA